AUGGCUGGCCCGGAGGAGACGCCCCAGCUGCGAAUGGCCCAGGAGCCGUUCGUCCAACCUGGAUAUGGCGACCUCAACCCGUCAUACGAGCAGCCUGCCAAUGCGAAGCCAGUCUGGUCUUUGGCAAAGCCUCUGCCCCGUGUGGUGCGACCAGGCAUGGUGCCGACAAAGCAGGAGCUACUUGAACAACGUGCCAACGCCCAACUGCCAGCCGAAAACUCACAGAGGUAUGGUUUGGAUGUCGACCCUAAUGACCUUGAGGAGGGAAGAAUCGCAAAAACCACCGACCCCCGGAAAAUGGCGGCGCAGGUUGAGGAUGCUCGUCUGCAGCGUGAGCAGGCCUUCAUGGAAAAGAUUCUUAAUGGUGAGGCCCAGUCUACAAGACUGGGUAGUUCGCGGCGCAUGUCCCGAACUUCCUCCACUCGCCGGAGACGUCAGUCUCGCUGGAACAACGAUCAGGAUGCGUUGUCGGCGGUUGAAGAGGGAGACUCUCAAACGACGGAGGAUGCCCCGGGAGGAAACGACUACUUCGCCAAUAACCCAAUGAACGACAUUCCGGAGCAGGAAGAGCCACCUCUGGACGAGGAUGCGGAUGAGAAGGUCCAAAUUCCCAUUUUUGAUGAUGAAGAUCACCCCGAGGAUCUGCACCCGUUGAUCGAGGAGUUGAUCGAAGAUGAAGUCCACAACAACCACACCACUUGGUCUGUUAUUCGCACCCAUCACCGUGAGGCUCUUGCAGAGGCCCUGGGCGUCUUUGUACAACUCACAAUUGGUUUCUGCGCCGAUCUUUCUGUCACGAUUAACGAUCAAGGUAACCCAAACACCACAGCUUUGGCCUGGGGCUGGGCCACUAUGAUGGGAAUAUACAUUUCUGGUGGUGUUUCCGGUGCUCACUUUAACCCGGUUAUUACUAUCAUGCUUUGGUUCUAUCGUGGUUUUCCUAAAAGCAAGAUGCCCGAGUACUUCGCUGCACAGUUCCUUGGUGCUUUCUGUGCUGCCCUGGCGGCCUACGGCGUCUACUACGAGUCCAUCCACCACUAUCUCCAAACCAAUGCCGAGUCCGGUAUCAUCACCAGUUUUGUAACCAGCCAACGUGAGACCUGGAUUGGACCAGGAACUGCAUUCGGAAAUGAAUUUUUAGGAACCGUCAUGCUCUCAUGCACUGUCUUGGCACUUGGUGAUGACCAAAACGCCCCGCCUGGUGCCGGUAUGAACUCUUUCAUUGUCGGUCUGGUUGUCACCUGCCUAUCCACGGUCUUCGCGUACCAGACCGGUGCUGCCUUCAACCCCAGCCGUGACUUCGGUCCCCGUCUCGCUCUCCUCGCUUUGGGCUACCCUGGUGAGUUGUUCCGUAACGCGUACUGGUUCUACGGACCCUGGGUUGGCGCUCUCAGUGGUGCCAUGGGAGGUGCAUUCCUGUACGACUUCUUCAUCUUCACCGGUGGUGAGUCCCCGGUUAACUACCCUUGGGAGCGGACACAGCGUGCGAUGCGGAAGAGUCGCAUGAAGUGGGGACGUCGCCUUCACAUUUCCAAAAAAGAAAAGGAGGACAACGAUGAGCCCAAAGUUUGA